AUGCGGCGUGGGGGGAGGAGGUCCCGGCUUCAGCAUGAGGGCGGCGUGAGCGAUGUGCGAGCAGGCAGCGCGCCUCUGCAGGGACGGCGUGCACAGGCUGCUUCGCAAGCCGCCGCCGCAGGGCCGGGCGCUGGGAGGGCUGCUGCGCUGGGUGGGCGCCAGGAUGAGCGACCCCAGGGAGCCGCUGCCCGAGGGGCCGAGGGCCGGACACGGCUUGUGCCCGGCGCCGCCCCGGAGGGGCACCUCGGUCAUCCUGGACAUAUUCCGUCGGGCCGACAAGAAUGAUGAUGGGAAGCUGUCCUUGGAGGAAUUCCAGCUGUUCUUUGCCGAUGGAGUUCUUAAUGAGGAAGAACUUGAGAAACUCUUCCACACCAUUGAUUCCGACAACACUAACAAUGUGGAUACCAAGGAGCUCUGUGAUUACUUUGUGGAUCACAUGGGAGACUAUGAAGACGUCCUAGCUUCCUUGGAGACCCUCAAUCACUCAAUCCUGAAGGCCAUGGGCUAUACCAAGCAGGUGUAUGAGAGGGGAACCAAUGUGGACCAGUUUGUGACCCGCUUCCUGCUGAAAGAGACGGCCAACCAGAUCCAGUCACUGUUGAGCUCUGUGGAGAGUGCGGUUGAUGCCAUUGAUGAACAAACCAAUCAGAUCAGACAGCACCACAGCAAGCCUGACCACGGCAGCAUGGAAACCUGGUAUGAGAAGCCUGUACCCAGUUACACUUCCAACAACAGAGUUGCGACUAAGGAGCCCAGGAAGAGCUUCCAGCCCGGUUCUCCUGAAACCAAGGAGGAGGGGCUGGAAGUACAGAUCAACCGGUUAGCCGAGCUUAUCGGAAGACUGGAAAAUAAGACACUCUGGUUUGACCUGCAGCAACGCCUGUCAGACAGCGAUAGUACAGCCUGCGCAUACCUCCUCCUAGUUCGGCAGGAGAUGGCCGUUUCCCAGAAACACCUGGGAGAAUUCUGCAGCUCCCUGAAACAGUAUCUGAAGAGUGUGGCGGGAGAGAGGGACUGCUUCCAUAUAACAGCCGUGAGGCUGCCUGAUGGACUCACAUUCAUUGUGUAUGAGUUCUGGGAAACAGAAGAGGAUUGGAAGAGGCACCUGCAGAGUGCAGUCUGUAAAGGAUUCCAGCACGUGAAGGUGGACACACUGACCCAGCCCGAAGCUGUCUCUAGUGUCUCUGUGCCAGCUGCUUGGUGCACUCUGAACAAAGACUGACUUGGCUCCUGCAGAGGACCUCGUGGGAAACGUGAGCCCGCCAGUGGUGGCCUCUUCUCUCUCCCUCUCUCUCUCUUUCUCCUGGCCCCUUCUUUAAUGCCCUCAUCAUAAAGAACUUGACUUUUGUCUUUUCUAAUAACUUUGUUACAAGUGCUGUCUUUUGAAUACACUUCUAAACAGGAAUGUGGGAGAUGUGUUUGCUUGCUGUUUGAAGUGAAGGAAAAAAAAAUCCCACAUCCCAUUGUAGGCAUUACCUUUGGACCUUGCUGCUCAUCCCCAUGCCAAGCUUCCUCCUCCCCCCAAAGUCGAAACCAGAUGAGAAGGGUAGAGAUUGAAGACCUGAUAGAUGUCAAGUCGACAAGGACCAAUUCUAGACCAAGUCCACCAAAAUCAUCUUCAUAUCAGGCCUACUUCCAACAUUACCAUUGUUUUUCAAAUACUCUCCCUUGAGGUGGCAAAAUGACUCAGCUAAAGAAUGUUAGGAAGGACUGGGAUUGUUCAGGAUCCAACUACCACUGGGGAGGGGAGGCAUGGGGGAUGCCUGGCCCUGCCAUCAGCAGUGGCUUAAGGAAUGAUACCAAAGGUCUCUCCUCAUUCUGCUUCUCAUUUCUAAGUGUCAAGGUUUUCUUGUUCGCUUUCUAUGUAGGUUGAUAAGAUCCUCCCCCAUCCCCAACCAAAAGAGUCCAUAACGAGUGAGCUUCUUUCUCUUUAAAAGCAGUGCAUGAUCUGUAAUCCUUGAUGUACUCGCUUGAGCUGCCUUCUUGCUCUAGAAAGUAGCUGUCCAUUCCUUUACUUGGGUUUUGUGCUUUUAUCUUUCUCUUGUAUCUGAGACUGAAGCAGGGGAACGCCUUCUGAAGGCUGCUGACUAGCUUGUUUCCUCCCUGUCGCGUUUGAUAUUACUCUCCUUGUAUCUUAGGAAACUGGAUCCUAUAGAUUCAAACUGUGGUACUUUGCAAAACGUCCGUAUAGUAAAUAAAAACAAUUUAAUAUUAGGAUAUGCGCAGUUGAGAAACCUGGAACCAAAUAAACUGGUUGGAAAACGUGU